AUGGCUAUUUCCUCUGCAGAAGAAGUCGAAAGCAUUCAAUACAAACAAGCCAUCUCUGAUCCGUCUCAAAUUAAUUCAUGGGAAAUAUCCAGAUUUGCCAAUGUCCUGUCUAUAACGAAUCGACUACUGUACGGUGUGCUACUAAAUACUGUGGUUGCGGCUGCGCGUCUUCGUGAUGCUAUAGACGCCCGGAUUGCAGAGGAGCAGGCACGCCAAAAGGCGGCGCAAGAUUCCAUCUCCCGAUCCAACUCUAGCCGUCGACAGGCCGCACGACCCGCACGCCAGCGACGAGAGAGUGGCCCGCCGCCCAGAAGCCCCGAUCCGACCGAAUUCGAGGCCGAGUUCGCCAUUGGGGAUGACGAUGGCUCUAGUAGAUCAGCAACUCCUCGUCAGGAUGGUUCGACGACGCAGGAAUCGGGCGCACAAGGGGACAAUGCAGACACGAAACAAUCGGGCGAGUCCGCUGGCAAGGAGGCCGCGCCUGACGCAGAACCCAAGCCAGCACCAUCCUCUGAACUCCCUGCUGAUGUAUGUUCUCUUUCAUUAAAAGGAAAGGCUAAAUGGUUCGAUGGUACUGAUUUGUCUAUCUGCACAGAACUUCUACGAGCAUACCGUGUCGCCCAUGCGCGGGUGCUUUCUAUCGAACAAUUCGAAGCCGCGCUGAGAGAAAAUACACCGCUCACGUCGAUCAACGAGCCGAAAGCGUUGACCGAAUAUCUGAAUCAAAUAUCGCUCAAGGGCGACAUGGUCUUGGACGAGCUGAAGCGUGUCACUGCGGAGAGAGACGAGUACAAAAAGAAACUCGAGGAAGCGGAAAAGUCGGCGAAAGAGGCCUGGGAUGAGGUUGCAAACCUAAAAAAGGGAAACGUCGACGAAACCAAGUCGGACGAGCCCAAAAAGGCGAACAGCAAGGCAAAGAACCUGACGGUAGAGACGGGCGCUCCUGCCGAUAACAAGUCGGACGUUUCAGUAAAAUCACCCACCGGCUCUAUUGCGUCUCGAAACGCUUCCAUCCCUGGACUGUCGCUCUUCUCUCCAAAGGCAAAGGCGGUCAAGUCUCCGCCAGAGGAAAAUGAAGAAUUCUUCUCCUUUGAAAAUGAGAUCCCACGGAUGGAAUCUGAACUGCAGGAGAAGCAGGAAGAGAUCAAACAGCUCAAGUCAGAAGUUGAAAACCUCAAGCGUGACCUGUCAGUCGCACGGGAGUCGACGGAGAGCAUGGUGCAUUCCUUGGAAUCGGCAACACGCGAGUUGGAAGGGCUGCGUGAGAGCAAGGACAAGCACGAAACCGAGCUUGAGAGCCUCAGAUUGGCCAAACAGGCAGAAAUUGACGGCCUCAGUUCAAAACUCGCCUCGGCAGAAGCUGCUUUAGAGAAAUCCAAUACCGCUCUCGAGGAGCUCAAGGAUCAACUGCAGAAGAAGACCGAUGAGCUCGAUCGAUUGAGGGAGCAAGCCUCACAGACUGAGAAGAGUGCAGACAGCACUGAUUUGACUGCCAAGCUUGCCGAGGUGGAAAAGGAGAAAGAUUCUAAUGAAAAGCGCUUGGGAGUUAUGCAGGGGCUAGUCGACAACCUUAAGUCUCAGGUCAAGGAUACGGAAGCUGUUGUGUCUUCUCUCCGGACGGAGCUUACAGAGAAGAGCUCAAGUCUCGACAGACUGCAGAAUAUUGUCAACUUUGUGGAUAAUGGUCUCAAGUCAAAUGCCAAAUGGCAAAGUGUUCGAGACCUUGUUGCGGAUGGCAAGCCUGCCGACUUCGACGAGAUUCGAGAGGGCUUGAUCGGAACAGAGACCAGCCCUGCUGCUGAAACGAGCAAGGCGGAGCCCGACGUAGAAAGUCAAGGCGCUGCCGGUACUAGUGCGGCAAAGAAGAAGAAGAAUAAGAAGAAGAAGGGUGGCAAGGGCGGAGAGGACUCGAAUGCUAGUAAAGAGCCUGCCCAGACAGUUCCUUCGGAGGAGAGCCAGCCUGCGCCCAGCGAUUCGUCCAAUGUCCGUGAAUUGGAACAGAAGGUCGAAGAGCUCACGUCUCAAAUUGCCGAGAAAGAUGCCGCCAUUGAACGUCUGCAUGCGAAGUUAAAGGAUGAGGAUGACUUGAAGGAGGAAAUCGAAUCGCUACGUGACGAACUGCUUAAUCUGGGCCAGGACCAUGUCGAAGCCAAAGACAAGAUCAAAGAACUGCAAGCAGAGAAAAAGACUCUGGAAGAGAACAUCGCCAAGCUAGAGAAGGAAAUUGCCGAUCUCCGAUCCAGCAACGCUUCCAGUGCGGCAGACUCGGAGAAGGCCCACAAGGACCUCAAAGCCGAGUUUGAGGACCUCAAGGCCAAGGCCGCCGUCUUGGAGAAGGACCUCUCCGCGGCUCAGCAACUGGCCGCAUCCAGAUUCAAGGAUCUGACCGACCUGAGAGAGACGCUGCAGAAGCUCCAGCCCGAGCUCCGAAACCUCCGGGCAGAGUCGGCAGAGUUGAAAUCGACAAAAGAGGAGCUCAAAAACAAGACGGCCGAGCUCAGGAAAUUGGAAGGCAAGCACGAUGAUCUGCGUGCUGAGCUGAAAACAAUGAAAGCCACCAUUGCCGAGCGCGAGAGCGAAGUCAAGACUCUCAACCAGAAGAUACGGCAAGAGACUGACAGUCGUCUCAAGGCAGAGGAGGCCUUGUCCGUCGCUCAGUCGGAUCUACGGUACUCCGAAGGGAAGAAACAGGAAGCCAUCGAGACGAAUGAGAAGACGUCCAAGGAGCUUUCCAAAGCGCAAGAGGAGUUGAAAGCCACCCGGGCCAGACUACGCGAUGUCGAAGAGCAGGUGGCGCAGCUCAACCGGGAGAUGGAAGGUCUGCGAGAAGAGAUCGAUCUCAAGACGGCCCAGCACGCGAGCGCGCAGAGCUUGAUGAACAGCAUGCGGGAUCAGACCUCGGAGAUGGCGAUGCAGAUGAAGGAGGCUCGUGAACGUUGCGAGAGCCUGGAGGAAGAGCUGGCUGAGGCUCACCGUCUUCUGGGCGAGCGCAGCCGCGAAGGCGAGACCAUGCGACGGCUUUUGAACGACAUCGAGAGCCGUGCGGACGCCAAGGUGCGCGAGUUCAAAGAACGAAUGGAGGCGGCGAUUGAAGAACGAGACCGUGCGGAGGAUGAGGCCAGCACGAUGGGUCGACGUCGCGCGCGAGAGCUGGAGGAACUCAAAGCCAAGGUCCGGGAGGCGGAAAAGGCUCUGAAGAGGGCAGAAGACGACAAGGAAGAGCUGGAAUAUGCGCAGAGAGACUGGAAACGUCGACGAGACGAGCUCGAGGCACAAGCGGAGCGGUCCGCGCAGGAACUGAAGGAGGUGCGCCAGGCGAUGACCCAACUGCGGGAUGCUCUGGACGAGAGCGAGAGGCAGACGCGGGAGUUGGAGAAGGAGAAGGCGGAGCUGCGUCGGUCGGUCGAGGAGACGAACAACCGGCUGGAGAAGCUGCGCAGGUCCAACAAGGCGCUGACGGAGGAGCUCCGCGCCGCUCAGAAUAGCAACGCUCGAAGACUGGGAGGAUCCGUCGAGUCGGGCAACCAGUCGUCACGAUCGUCGAUCGAUUCUCCCAGUCGAGGUGUCGUGUCGCCUCCACCACGGGAGCGCAACGCUUCAUCUACCCGCAGCGAAACCCCGACAGGCGGGACGCCGAUCGACUAUAUCUACUUGAAGAACGUGUUGCUCCAGUUCCUGGAGCAGAAGGACAAGAACUACCAGAAGCAGCUGAUCCCGGUGUUGGGGAUGCUGCUUCAUUUCGACCGAAACGACGAGCAGAAAUGGAUGUCAGCCGUGAUGUCCCGCAAGUAUUUCAUCCGCGAACUAGCCGACUACGAGCACGCGCUGCACGAAGUCGAAGCAACACCGGAGUCGCUGCGCGCGACGCUCUCCUUCCCAGACACGCCGCCCAAGAAGGGCGCGACGUACACAGCGCUGAUCACUCCUCCCGCGACGGCCGACAACCCCUCCCCGAAACCCGUCGGCAUGGCACUGUUCUUCUACAACUACUCUACCUGGCGGUCUGCGCCGGGCGUGUACCUGGAGGACCUGUACGUGCAGCCGCACGCGCGCGGCAAGGGAUACGGCUUCCGGCUGCUGAAGUACCUGGCUGCGGAGGUGGUGAAGAUUGGCGGGCGACGGCUCGAGUGGAGCGUGCUCAAGUGGAAUGAGCCCAGCAUUAAGUUCUAUAAGCAGAUUGGGGCUAGGGAGAUGGAUGAGUGGCAGAAGAUGAUGCUUGAGGGGAAGGCGUUGACUAAGCUGGCGGAGUCAGCUGAAUAA